AUGGAGGGGAAUACAUCACAAGGAGGCAUGAUUUCCGGUGGCCCUCCUUUUGGUGGCAUUGACUUGCAAGGAUCAUUAACAAUGCGUCACCAAGUCCUAGAUCAGCAUCCUUUACACCACCAGCACCACGGGUCUUCAGCUCAUCAAUCAAUUCAUGACGGUUUCCCACUUACCAUGGGAACCAUGCACAGUACUGACCAUUCUCUAUCUAUGUCGGAUCACAAGAAGGUGGAGAGAGGGAAAAACAACUCACUCAGUGACGACGAGGAACCAAGUUAUGCUGAAGAAGGUGCAGAUGGUCAUAAUGAAUCAAAUAGAGGGAAGAAGGGUUCUCCCUGGCAACGUGUGAAGUGGACAGAUAAGAUGGUUCGUCUUUUGAUAACUGCUGUGUCUUAUAUAGGAGAAGAUGAGACAUCAUUAGAUUGUGGCAGUGGCCGGAUGAAAAGGAAAUUUGUGGUUUUACACAAAAAGGGAAAGUGGAAAUCUAUUUCAAAAGUAAUGGCUGAAAGAGGGUUUCAUGUUUCUCCACAACAGUGUGAGGACAAAUUCAACGACCUCAACAAGCGGUAUAAAAAGUUGAAUGAUAUGAUAGGGAGAGGUACUUCCUGCCAAGUUGUUGAAAACCCAGCUCUUUUGGAUGUGAUAGACUAUCUGUCUGAGAAGGAGAAAGAUGAUAUUAGGAAAAUAUUGAGCUCGAAGCAUCUAUUCUAUGAAGAGAUGUGUUCAUACCAUAAUGGGAACAGAUUGCAUCUCCCUCACGAUCCUGUAUUGCAGCGUUCACUCCAGCUGGCUCUUCGUAAUAGAGAUGAUCAUGAUACUGAUGACACAAGGACUCAUGAACAUGAUGAUCUCGAUGAAGAUGAUCGGGAUUUGGAUACUGAUGGUCAUGAUGAAUUUGAAGAUAAUCAUGCUUCACUUGGAGAUAGUCGGGCAGGACUUUACGGGCUUUUGGGAGGCCCCAUGAAGAGGUUAAGGCAGACUCAAGGACAAGAAUAUGUUUGUCUUGGUGGAUCUUCUCAGGAUGGUCAAAAGGGGUCUUUGCCUGGGCCCCACGCUACACAAGUUGACAUGAACCAAAUCUCUCCUGAAAACACAAGUCAAGCUUGGCAGAGGAAGUCACGAAGCCUUCAGUUAGAAGAACAGAAGCUGCAAAUCCAGGUUGAGAUGUUGGAGCUAGAGAAACAGCGAUUCAAGUGGCAAAGAUUUAGUCGAAAAAGGGAUCAUGAGUUGGAGAAGUUAAGGAUGGAAAAUGAGAGAAUGAAGCUUGAGAAUGAGCGUAUGGCAUUAGAAUUGAAGCGCAAGGAAAUGGGAGCUGAUUUCAGUUGA